AUGGAAAUGACAGCUGUUGGCAGCUACUGCUGUUCCACCAUCAUGUUAUUUGACAAGGGAAUUUGGUCAUCAGGUUCACAAGUGCCCGUGUAUUUGUGGGGUGGCUCUCAAGUAUAUAAGAAGAGGUUUAUAGCCCACUUGCACUAUCUCACGAGCGAGGCACACUUCCAAAAGUGGCGGACCCCGUUUGAUUUUUCCAUACCAUAUGACGUGCAUGUCAAGUCGGUAGAGCCUUCAAACGAUGAUGUGGCUUGUACGGAUGUGUUGGAGGUCAGCGGAAGAUGGGAAAGCGACGUAAAUGACGAUCCGCGGCUAACUAACAUGUUACCCCUGCUCUUAUGUGAUGUCAUCAACAAAAGGAUUGAUCUCGAUCUGGACAUGGCUAAUCUAGAGAUAUUGAGAGGUGGAAACUAUAUAACCCCGACUCGGAUGAUCAGCUUGACGAAUGAGAAGAGGAAUGUUGCUCCCAUGCUUGACAAAUAUGAAGCUGCGACCUCACGAGUAAGAGAUGUGUCUCUGUUAAGAAAGAAGUGUAGACUUCCUUCUGUUGUGAUCAAGUCUUCUUCGAAAGAGAUGUUGUCUGCUGAGAAGACUAAAUAUGGAACUUCUUCUUCAUCGUCUGCUAGGGUUAAGCACCUCUUAGGCGUAAACAGCAAGAAGGUUGGUGGCAUUAAAAACAUUCAGGAUAUUCUGCUCAAGUCAUCAGCUAAAAAGCUCAAAUUGUUUAAUCUUCUCUAUAAAGAUGUCUACUCCAGACCUGGUUCUUCUACCGAGAAACAGAGGGCAGUUGACUUUACUCACAGGAGCUCAAGUCAUCUGCAUCAGUCAAGGGAUGAGGAUCGAAUUGGGAAGACUGCUCCUCUAUCUAGCAAGUGUGCGCCAUCUGUCGAGUUACGAGAAGUCAAGCAUAGAGCUGAUCCAACGUCAUUGACUCCUUUCAAGGCGAGGAUGGUUAUGGCUAAGAAGGCCAAAGAGUUGUCUGCUCAGGCGAAAAGUUUAACCAGUGCACGAGCUGAUGGGCCAAAAGUUGACAAGCCUAGCUAUGUUGGGCACGUGAGCAUGUCUGAUCUCCUCAAAAUGAACUUCUCGUCGAGCUCAUCUAUUUGCGCCAAAUUGGUUGAUCAUCUACAUCAAGCUAACGAUGUUGGCCCAUUUUCGAUCCUUUCUCUGGAGAAGCAAAAGGAUGUGGUUAUCGCUUUACUUCAAAAAAGAGUGAUUUUUGCUACUGAGGCUGUCCGGAGCUCAUAUGAGUUAGUAAUAUUAAGGACAUCUUAUGUAAUAGCUUAUUAA